GUUCGAGGAGGAAAAUCAAAAUGGCGAUUCCAGGACCAGGAAUGUCUGCGGGUUCGCUGUCCUCUGUUACCCUGCAGCUGCUGCUGAACCUGACGAGCAUCUAUUUCGUCUUCUAUUUCCUCUUCACUCUCAGCCUAAUCAUCAAAAAGAGCUUGGAGCUGCCGUAUCCUUCUGAUGCGUUGACAAAUGAUGUUGGUCUACUGCUCCUCUUUGCUGCUCUGGAGUUUCUGCAUUUCUACUGGGGUGCGAGGGGCAAUCUGACGGAGAGUGACAGCUAUAUGUUUGGGAACCUCAUUAUGACAGUAGCAACCAUCUUAUUGGCGGUGUACUUCCUGGUGUGGCAGACCUACGUCAUGAGAGCAGACGUAAUAAUCAGCAGUGUGUUGAUCACUGUCUAUGGUGCAGAUGGAGUCCUGGCUUUAAGCACCCUGGCCAAAUUUAGGAGAGAGUAUUUGUGAAGAAGACUUCACCACCAUAUAUCCUGCAGCAAACUAGGAAGUUAAUAUUUCACAGAAAACAAAAUUUAUGAAAUUAAUGUGUUUUUUGGACAGUUUGAGUGUUUUUAUUGCAAUUUAUUUUUUUUAUUAAACUUUUGUUCUUUUUUAAUUAUUUCAUUCUUGCAGGCUAAGUAUGAAAACAUGUACUAAAUAUGACUUAAUGACUAGUUAGUUGUAAGUAUUUAUGUAGCUGGAAGUGGAACAAAAGUAAUAGAAAUGUUGGUUGUGUUCAAGUCAAACCCAGGGUUUCUGAUCAGUCAGGAAAAGUCAAAAAUCUGAUUGAAAUCAUUUCUGGGUCUGGAUAAAUGUUGAAACAGGAGGGAAUAUAGAACAUAUUUGCAUUUUCACAUUUCAUUCAUUAUCCCAAUGUCUAAAUCCAUCUUCUGUUCAUCCAUCCAUCUAAUCAUUCAUCUGCCUUUCUGUCCCUCUUUCCAGUCUCUUGGCUUGCGGGUUCAAUUUUUACACACUGAGAUUGUAGAAAUAUCUGCCAUAAAGUCACAGCAAUCUUUGAUUGUUAUGAAUAAAAACAAUCUGUAGAAACCCUGUAACUUGGAUUCCCUCCUUAGUUUUCAUGUGUUACCUACUUUGUCCAGCAGAGGUCAGAAUAGUUUUAAAAUGCAAUAAAAUGGAAGAUUUUUAGUA